AUGACCCGAUCUUCCUCGCCAACGAACACACCAACACACACGUCUUGUUUAGACACGCUCGAAGAAGGGGAAGGUGCACUACCCACUUCUGUACUAGAUCGAUUCAAACGCGCUCGUACGACCAGCCCCGACACAGACAUCGGAUCCGCCCGCAGCGUCACGCCUGACGCUGAGUAUAAGAGUGGGACAGCUGUACCGACGAGAGCCACUGAUAAAGACGAUAUGCCUGGCUCAAGCGCAAUGCGCUCGAGUGAUGAGUGUGUGAAUGCUCUCAUGGACGAGUCUCUCAGUCUCGACGAUGCACGCGUGCCUCAUACCACGCUCGUCCGUGAAGUUGAAACGUGGCGCGCUUCGCAGCCGCGCAUCGGCGACACUUGGUAUGUGAUUCCAGCCGAUUGGUACGAGCGCUGGAAAGUCAAGCCGCAAGGGAUCGCAGCGAUGAACCUCGAAGCUCUUUGCACCAACGAUAACGGCAACGUGACGGCUCGAUACCGUCCAUUGCGUCAGGAUCUCGUUGAGCACGCCGACUAUGAGCUUGUUCCAGCACAGGCGUGGGACAUUCUCGCGUCCCGAUACAGAAUCCAUGGCCCUGCACUGGGCCGCUCCGUCGUGCCUGGUCAAGCGCCUGGUCAAGCGCGCAUUGAAUUGUUUCCGCCUUGCAUCGAGCUUGCUGUGUGUGGCGAGUCGCCAGAGGUAGAGCCAUUCAGAUCAGCGGCUGCAUCCAUCGCAUCGUCGACGUCCCUGUUGCCGACGGUCCGGUUAUCCAGUGGUGUCUCCCUUCGCACACUAAAAGCACAUGUGCGUGCUAUGCACUUGUGUCCGCGACAUGAAGACGCACAUGUGCGGUUCUUCCGCUUGCCGCCGUCGCUGAAGCUGACGGCUCUCACGGAGCAUGGCAUGCUCUCUAAGCAAGCGCUGGCAAAGGCCGAUCCCCCCAUUGAGCUUGUCGAGGGCACCGACGAUGCGACGCUAGCGUCGCUGGAUCUCACGGCGCCGUCUGUGUUUCUAGGCAUCGACGUGCGUGUGCGCACAGCGAGUGACCCACGCUCGUUCACGUGGCAGGUCAGCACAACAACGAGCGACACUGGCACCACAGACGCAUUGCCCACCAGCCAUACAUCGUCACGGACUGCCAUUACGCCCGCGCCGGCGUUUCUGCCGUCAUUAGCGCCGCCGGCUCAGCACGGGUCUACCGCGAGGCCAUGCGGACUGCGUGGCUUGGCGAACCUCGGCAACACCUGCUUCAUGAACAGCGCAUUACAGUGCCUAAGCAACACCCACGAGCUCCAGCAGUACUUCCUGAACGGUGUGCAGAUGGACGAGCUCAACACCGACAACCCAUUGGGUAUGGGCGGCACACUCGCAAUGGCAUACGGCCGUCUCGUCAGUGCUCUCUGGAGCGAGAGCGCAUCAGGCGCUGUGGUUCCGCGCGAGUUCAAGACGACACUCGCACGCUUUGCGCCGCAGUUCAUGGGAUAUGCCCAGCAAGACAGUCAGGAACUGUUGGCAUUCUUGCUGGAUGGACUGCAUGAAGACCUGAACCGUAUCCACAAAAAACCGUACAUUGAAGCGCCCGAUUGGAUCGGCGGCUCCGACGCGGACAUGGUGCGCUUUGCGCAGCAGCAGUGGGAUCUGUACAAAGCGCGCAAUGACUCGGUGAUUGUCGACCUGUUCCAGGGCCAGUAUCGCAGCACGCUCGUGUGCCCCACAUGCCACAAAGUGUCGGUCAAGUUCGAUCCGUUCAUGUAUCUAACGCUGCCGAUUCCCAACACGCGCAAGUGGCGCGGCCGUGUGUACGUUGUGCCGCAGCAUGCAGCGCAGCCGCUCGUCCAAGUCGACGUCCAGCUGCCUGCGACAGCGACGGUCGCAGAACUCCGCACCAAAGUGGCCGACCUGUUGAGCAUGGAUCCUGCAUGCCUCCUGAUGGGCGAGGUAUGGUCGUAUCAUGUCUACCGUUGGCUUGAGGCCUUUGAGCCCGUGAGCGAUAUCAGUGCCAGCGACUACAUCUACCUGUGGGAAGUGGCCGACGCCUUUACCAUGCCGAAGCCGAUGAAGCCCACGACGUCCAGGUUCUCGUUCUUUUCUCGUCCUGAGCGCACAGUCGCCGACAUCGAGGCCGCGUAUCCGCCACCGUCCGACAUGCCUGCAACCAUCUGCCUGCCUGUGUACUCGUGCAAAGCGGACGGCCCCGACCGCUUCGGCUCGUUCCGCCGCUCCCUUGGCGAGCCUUUUGGCCUCCCGUUCUUUGUGUCUAUUCCUCGUGAGAAAGCUCACGAUGUCGCGUGGAUCUAUGCCCAGGUCCUCGAGCAGUACGUGCGCUUCAGUCCCGAGGCCUCCGCCACGGACUUGUGUGCCAAGGCAGCCGACGCCAAGCGCGCGACCGACGCCCGGACAAGCGCCGAUCCUAGCACCAGCCCGGAUGCUGUGCCGCCGCACACCUCGGCCUCCGUGGUAGAAUGCGCCGCACCGCCCGCGUUCCCUUUCGCUUUGCGUUUCAGUGUGCCAAGUGCCGACGAAGCCAUGCACCGUGGCGACGAUGCGAACGACCAGACAACAGAGUGCAUGACGCAGCGUGCUGCUCGUCUUGGAUGUCCACCGAACAGCGACGAGGCGUCGCAUGCCGCAUGGCCCGUCACAUACCCGGGCGGUGCAUUGUAUGCGCUGUGGGAAGGCGCCGUCGCCGACGCGGUGCUGGAGCAGGUGCGUGCGAAUCAAACAUGGGGUCCGAUCUCGCUCGCACAAGACGCCGACUUUCAAAAGGGCACCGCCAUGCUUGCUGAAGGCAAGCGGCGCGCGCCGAAAUUGCGCCUCGACGACUGUUUGGACGAGUUUACUCGGGCAGAACAGCUGGGCGAAAACGAUCUGUGGUAUUGCCCUGCGUGCCGCGACUUUCGACAAGCCACGAAAAAAUUCGACCUGUGGAAAGUGCCCGAUAUUCUUGUCGUGCACCUGAAACGCUUCAGCGCCGGGCGUGGGACGCGCGACAAGCUCGACAACUGGAUCGAGUUCCCCUUAGAGCACUUGGAUUUACGCGAUCGCGUCGUCGGCACACGGCUGUGGCACAGUUUGCGCAUGGAGCGUGCGCCCAGUCAGAUGCAGCUGAAAGAGGGUCUGAUCGUUUCUCACGACACACAUGACGAUGAUGUGUUGGCGGACGAGCCUGUGUAUGAUUUGUAUGCCGUCGACAACCAUUUUGGCGGCUUAGGUGGCGGUCACUAUACGGCCUUUGCCAAGAAUCCAGCCGAUGGCCACUGGUACAAUUUCGACGACUCGUGCGUUCGUCCUGUGUCAGAUCCUGACAUGGUCAAGUCGUCCGCUGCAUAUUUGCUAUUCUACCGUCGCCGCACGACACGUCCUAUCGGUAGCACGUCGCGUGACAGGCUCAUGGAGAAGCAGCAGCAGCAGGCCCUUGCCACGGCUUCGACGGCUGCUUCGUGUACCGAUACUGCCUCGCCUGGGCGAACUGGACCGCCUGGAUCGCCAGCGCCGGUUGCGCCUCCUUUUCUCCCUGCAGCUACGUCCCCUUCCCUUCCUGUAUCUUCUGCGCCAUGGCCGCCAUCCCCGACGAUGUCGUCAUCGUCGUCUUCCUCCACAUCUUCUCCCACCUCGCCGAUCAGCUCCUCGACCGAUACAAAAGUGCCUCUCAACACGGACGAGACCCAUGUCGCCCCUGAUCUAGAUGAUGACCCAUCUCUGUAG